GUUCCGGCGAAGUGGUGUAGGGAAAUAGACAGACCACGGGGGCUACACGCGGAGUAGCGACACGCGUGUGCAAUAUAAGGGAAAAUAUCAUAAAUAGUUAUUUUUUUAAGCCUCUCCCAUUAAUUAGCGUGAACGUAUAGGGAAUCUAUAAUUGUUCUCGCGUGUUUUUUGUUAAAUAAAGUGCGGCAGUAUUGUCUGGGUGUGCCGAAACAGUGAUAAAUAUGGCGAACACCGUAGCACCGGACUCGUGGGAACAGCAGGCAGAUAGCGGAGAUACAACUGCCGCCCAGGAUAAAUCCAUCGAAAGCAAAUUCUCAACUCUUAACGUAAACGCAGCGGAAUUUGUGCCUUCUUUCUGCAUUAAUUCCACACCGCAGCAAAAUUCGCUUAGCGAUAGUCCCAGCGAUGCAGCAAUGACUGCCGUUGAUACUGCAGCCACUUCCAUGCCUCCCGAAACUUAUCACGGAACAGCAGCACCAGCAGUUCCACCUGAUCCGAUAAGCAUGCGAAUGGAGGAUCCACCAGCUGGAGGAGGAGCACCGCCUCCAGAAAUUACCAACACCGAACCAACAUUAAACACCAGUCCCGAACAUCAACCAGCUGAUUCCUGGGAGGAGGCUGCAGUUGAUGCAGAUCCUCUCUUAACUCCUGAAAACGAAGAGGCUGAUAUUGAAGAAGAGGAUGAAAUGGUUGUUAAAAUCCCAAAGAAAAAAUUAGUCAAAGUGGCGGAAGACACUAAAAGUAAAAAAGAACACGUGAAUGUCGUUUUUAUUGGUCAUGUUGACGCUGGAAAGUCAACAAUUGGAGGUCAAAUCAUGGCCCUCACGGGUAUGGUUGACAAGAGAACAUUGGAAAAAUAUGAAAGGGAAGCAAAAGAGAGAAGCAGAGAAACUUGGUAUCUAAGUUGGGCUCUUGAUACGAAUCAAGAGGAACGAGAAAAGGGAAAAACUGUUGAGGUCGGUAGAGCUUAUUUUGAAACCGAGAGAAAGCAUUUCACAAUUUUGGAUGCGCCAGGACACAAAAGUUUUGUACCAAACAUGAUUGGUGGAGCGGCGCAGGCGGAUCUUGCAGUUUUGGUAAUAUCCGCGCGAAAAGGUGAAUUUGAAACUGGUUUCGAUAGGGGCGGCCAAACAAGAGAGCACGCUAUGUUAGCUAAAACAGCCGGUGUUAAACAUUUGGUUGUUUUAGUCAAUAAAAUGGAUGACCCAACGGUAGAAUGGGAUGAAAUGAGAUACAACGAGUGUAGAGACAAAAUAUUACCUUACCUCCGUAAAUUAGGAUUUAAUCCGGCAAAAGAUUUAACCUUCAUGCCGGUCUCAGGUCAACUUGGUAUAGGUUUAAAGGAUUCGAUUCCCGAAAGUCUUUGCAAUUGGUAUCACGGACCGCCUUUCAUACCAUUUAUAGAUUCUCUACCGUCGCUCAAUCGAAAAAGUAAUGGACCAUUUAUAAUGCCCAUUGUUGAUAAAUACAAGGAUAUGGGUACAGUCGUCAUGGGCAAAGUAGAAGCUGGAGAGGCCAAAAAAGGACAAUCCUUGCUUGUUAUGCCAAAUAGGACGGCAGUAACCGUUGAUCAAUUGUGGUCGGAUGACGAAGAAGUGACAUCGGUUGGUCCAGGGGAAAAUGUAAAAAUCAAAUUAAAAGGCAUAGAAGAGGAAGACGUGAGUCCUGGUUUCGUUCUCUGCGAUAGUAAUAAUCCAAUCAAGACAGGCAAAGUCUUUGAUGCACAAGUAGUAAUUUUAGAACACAAAAGCAUAAUCUGUGCGGGAUACAGUGCUGUGAUGCAUAUUCACUGUGCCGCAGAAGAAGUCACUGUGAAAGCAUUGAUUUGUCUCGUGGACAAGAAAACUGGUGACAAGAGUAAAACGAGACCUAGGUUCGUCAAACAAGAUCAAGUGGCAAUAAUGCGAAUUGAAUGUGCGGGAGUUAUUUGCCUUGAAAAAUUCAAACUGUUUCAACAAAUGGGACGGUUCACCCUCAGGGAUGAAAAUAAAACUAUUGCCAUUGGCAAGGUGCUGAAAGUGGUCGAAUAAGUUUGCUCAAAGUCGACAGCUGAUCAAAAAAAAAAAUGGAUUUCAUAAUUAUGUGAAGAAGAAGGAGAAGAAAAGCAACGACAGCAUGCCGAACUUUACAUUACGCGUUAUUAUUCAAAUUAAAACAAAAAAAAAAAAAGGAUUAAUGAAUGAAAAUACGUGUGACACAUUGAGCAACUAUUUGAAAGAAACCUCAUGAACACAUGUACACAUUUAUGCGCGCGUUUGCACUUCCAUACACGAUUACACACCGGUUUAUACAUGAGACGUUUUUUCGAAAAAAAAAAAAAUAAAUAAAUAAAUAAAAAUAAACAGAGAGAUAUAAGGGAAUUAUAUAUAUAGAUAUAUACGAAGAAAAAAAAGCUAUAUAACAAUCUAAAUGCAAGCCAUUUUUGAUUACGACGAAGAGAAAUCAGUCGCUGAUUAUUGUCCAUGUUUUUUUUUUGUUUUUCUAGAAAAAAAAACAGAGGACACUCGAUUUCAGAUGUUAAGAUAUCGCGACAAACGGUUAAUGAUAAACUAGCAACAAAGUUUUUUCGACAAUGUGAAAGGGAUAUUUUUGUUCUGUAGAGAGAUAAUUGAGAUGAAUGAGAAAUAAUGCAUCUUGAAAAGAAAAAACACUUCAAGUGAAUUAUUAUUAUUAUUAUUGUAUUAUUAAUUAGUUAUCAUGAAAUUGGUGGAUAAUUGAAAAAAAAAAUAUGAGGGAGAGGUACCGACAAAGUUUCGAGUAAACACACAAUUAGUGUUACACGAUAAUUUAUCAACUUGGAAAUGAUUACUAUUAUUAUUAUUAUUAAUUAUUAUUAUUAUUAUUGUACUGUUUCUUAUUUUAUUGUCAUUAAAUGCAAAUCUACAGCAAG